GUUCUUAGAUUCGUUGAACUCUGCACCAUGACACGACGUCGCAAGAAUACACCGAAACAAAAAGCCAGAACAGAGCUUGCAGGAGAAGCUCAGAAGACAGAUGGCCCUCUCAGUCCGCGUGCACCUACGACACAAUACCAACAUUUCAUUCCACGGUUCAUAUUGCGAAGAUUCCAAGUCGGACCGGUGAAAUCUAAAACAGAACGACAACAAGAAUUUCGACGCACAGGUGUUGAUCCUGAAUACGUCCACUACUAUGAUAUCGCUACAGGUAGCCUUGACAUUCGUUCUAUUGGAAAGGUGUACGGCGUACCGAAUAUCUACCAGGAUGUCCGCAACACCCAUGAUAUCAACAAAGUAGAGGAGAAAUUAGCGGAGCUCGAACGUCAUGCGGCCUCCAUUAUCACGGACUUGCAUAAAGCGCUCCCUCAGGGUACUUUCACUCUGAAGCGAAGGUCGCUAGAGCUCCUGAGGAAGUUCCUGUUUAUCAUGCAUUAUCGCAAUGUAUCGUGCUCCGACAUAUACUUUCAAGCGGAUCACCCGAAUAACGCAAGCAGCCGUCAGUGGAUUGAGUCCUUCAUGAAGGCGAAGGGUAUUGAUUCCGCUGUCGGGGUAUGGCUACACUUCCUCGAAUAUUACCUGGAUUCAUCUCAUUCAGACAUCAUGCGAGAUGCUGCAAAAGUCGUAGAGAAGUACGGUGAAGAAGGUCUUCAAGACAUGAUAGCUGAAUCGCAUAUCCCACCUGAUCUCGAACACUUUCCGGCUUAUACUUACCACGUUCACGCGAGCUACUACUUCUUCAGUAUCUGGGAAGCCGCGGAAGGAGAAGAAUUCAUCCUAACACAAAACGGAUUUGGCUUGUGGGAAGGCUUGGCAGAUGGCUACCCCGACUUGCACCGCAUAUUCAUAGUCAGCCCUCGCAUUGCUCUCAUCCUGUGUAAGAAUGUAUUACGUCCAGAGAUGAAAGCGAUAGCAUACAUAACGCGGGUUUCGCUCAGGAGCUCCUUACUCGACGUGAAUCCAGCACCACCAACUCCCAUUUACGCCAGUGGACCCAUCAGCCGUGCAGAUCGGAAUUCUGCGAUAUCACUUGCACGUUACAGAUCCUCCCAGACAGGGGCGAACGACAGUUUUGUGUUCAAGAUCGCAAAAUUAUCGCGACGCCAGACAUUGGCGCUCAAUUCCGUCCUAUUAGUCAACGUGAAGCAAACGGGUUCUUUGACCUUCCUGUCAAGGGGGAGUAUGCUGCGCACCGCGCGUGCGUUCCGGAGUUUUCCAGCCAAUUUCCUUGCGGGCGAGCUGCUUAUUCCGCUCAUUGCACAAUUGACGGAUACCACGGAGACAGAAGUGUCGCCUCUUCGCCAGCCACCAGCGGCUGUCCUCGACCAGGACGUUGACGCACCUACACUUGUUGCAUCUACACCCACACUUGUUGCACCUACUGCACCUACACCUACACCUACACCUACACUUGUUGCACCUACACUUGUUGAUAUAGUACUCCAUGGGUUAGCAUCUCUCGCGUAUUUUAUCUAUUGCAUCUUCCUCGUCUUUUUGGUAUAUCUUGGUAUUGUGAAGUUGGCAUCACUAGUCACGUAACGCACGAAACAUAUUCUAUGUCUUGUCAUCGCACCUCCCUCAGCGCUCAACGUUCAACGUAACCUCAAACGUUCGAACUGCGAAGCCCUGCGAUCGAGUAGGACCGGGCAUAGUACGAGAUUGUGAACGACGCUUGAAUAUAUCUUCUCAUCCAAAUUUUGUCCGCUCCGGCCCUUCAAAGCUUCAUAUACAUAUGCAUACAUUGUCG